AUGGCGCCAGACAUGUGGUUCUUCUUCUUCGUGAUCGCUGGAUGGCUGAUGGGAGCCCUCUCAGGUUCCCCGUCUCCCGCCCCACCCAGCCAGCACGACACCAGCGGUGCAGAGAGCCAGCCCUUGGAGCCAGAGGAGGGGCUCAAUAUCCGCCUGGUGAACGGGAGCAGCCGCUGCAGCGGGAUCGUCGAAGCUCGGCUAGGACAGUCCUGGGAGCUCCUGUGCGGGGACUCCUGGGACCCCAUCACCGCGGAGGCCGUGUGCCGCAUGCUGGGCUGCGGCACGGGGGAGUGGGUGCCGGUCCAGCCGGCUCCGCCGACGUCGGAGCUGUCACCAGAUUGGGCCGUGGGGAAUGCCAGCGGGACCCCGAACACCACGCAGGCCAUGGCGCCCUCUGUCCUGUGCCGCAGGGCCGAGUGGCAGUUCUGCAAGGUGGAGGGGCAGGCGUGCGUCAGCGCCGGGAGGCCGGCCCAGGUCACCUGCACAGAGAAUCAAGCCCUGCGCUUGGUGGACGGUGGCAGCCCAUGUGCAGGCCGCGUGGAGAUGCUGGAGCACGGCCGGUGGGGCUCUCUGUGCGACGACACGUGGGACCUGCAGGAUGCCGAGGUGGUGUGCAGGCAGCUGCGCUGCGGCUGGGCCAUCCAGGCCCUGCCGGGCUUGCACUUUGCCCCCGGCCAAGGAGCCAUCCACCGGGACCAGGUGAACUGCUCCGGGGCAGAGGCCUACCUGUGGGACUGCCCAGGGCUGCCUGGAGACGGCUACUGCGGCCACAAGGAGGACGCUGGCGUGGUGUGCUCAGAGCACCAGUCCUGGCGCCUGACCGGGGGCGCUGACGGCUGCGAGGGGCAGGUGGAGGUGCACUUCCGUGGGGUCUGGAGCACAGUGUGUGACAGUGAGUGGUACCCAUCAGAGGCCCAUGUGCUCUGCCAGGCCUUGGGCUGUGGGACCGUGGCCGAAAGACCCACGGGGCUGCCUCACUCCCUAUCGGGCAGGAUGUACUACUCAUGCACGGGAAACGAGUCCACCCUCUCGGACUGUUCCUGGCGAUUCAACAACUCCAAUCUCUGCAGACAGUCAAAGGCAGCCAGGGUCCUCUGCACAGGUUCCCAGAGGUUGCUCAAUCUGUCCACUUCUGCAGUUCCUGCAAGUAUUCAGCCAGUUACCAUAGAACCUUCUGUGACAGUGAAAAUGAAGGACUGUGAUUCUCGGGAGCUAAUAUUCCUCAUUGCCUGCAUCAUCCUGGGAGUUCUCCUCCUUGGUUUACUCAUCAUCAUCGCUGUCAUCCUCUUGAAAGUUAAAGGAAAAUACGCCCUCCCUGCUAUGGCAAACCACCAACACCUACCAACCACCACCCCAGCAGGGAUCAAUAGCUAUCAAGAGGUCCCCAUCACCAUCCCCAAAGAAGAAGUUCCCAAGCUGCCCGUCCAGGUCCAGCUCCCGACCCCCGCAGACGCGGACUCCAGCUCGGACUCUGACUAUGAGCAUUAUGACUUCAGCGCCCAGCCUCCCGUGGCCCUGACCACCUUCUACAAUUCCCAGCGACACCGAGUCACAGAUGAGGAGGUCCAGCAGAACAGGUUCCGGAUGCCCCCCUUGGAGGAAGAUCCCCUCUCCCUGAGCCCUCAGCAGCACCUAAGGAGCAACAGCGAGUCCAGCACAUCAUCAGGGGAGGCCUACAGCAACAGUCCCAGCAGCAGGCUGCCGCCAUGGAAGCCUCCGGGCUUUUCUUCGGAGAGGAUCCCCCUCCAGGAACAGCCCCCGAACUUGGAGCUGGCUGGCUCCCAGGGGACUUUUUCAGGGCCCUCGGCUGACGACAGCUCCAGCACCUCAUCCGGGGAGUGGUACCAGAACUUCAAGCCGCCGCCCCAGCCCGUGUUGGCAGAGCAGUUUGGGUGUCCAGGAUCCUCCGGUCCCCAGCCUGAUUCUUCCGAUGAUGAUGAUGACUACGAUGACAUCGGAGCAGCUUAG